AUGGAUCAAAUUACGCCUAAGGAGGUGAAGAUCCUCGAGAAUCCGGAGGAUAUCCAGGAGAGGCGAGAGCAGGUACUAGGACGUUAUGCCAACUUCAAGGCGGAAGCACGCAACAAGCGGGACAAGCUCGAGGACUCCCGUCGCUUUCAGUACUUUAAGCGAGAUGCGGAUGAACUCGAAGGAUGGAUCUAUGAGAAGCUUCAAGCAGCCUCUGAUGAGAGCUACAAGGAUCCAACAAACCUACAGGCGAAAAUCCAGAAGCACCAGGCUUUUGAAGCAGAAGUUGCAGCUCAUUCAAAUGCCAUUGUGCUGCUCGAUAAUACUGGCUCUGAGAUGAUAACACAACAUCAUUUCGCCAGUGAUGUAAUUCGCAAGAGACUAGAGGAAUUACAUCGCCUAUGGGAAUUACUAUUGUCCCGAUUAGCCGACAAGGGCCUGAAGCUACAACAAGCUUUGGUUCUCGUACAAUUCAUUCGUCACUGCGAUGAGGUGAUGUUUUGGAUCCACGACAAAGAGGCAUUUGUAACGACUGAUGAAUUUGGACAUGACUUGGAGCACGUGGAAGUGCUUCAAAGAAAAUUUGACGAAUUCCAGAAGGAUAUGGCAAGUCAAGAAUACAGAGUUACGGAAGUGAAUGAAUUGGCGGACAAGUUGCUGUUGGACGGACAUCCUGAACGUGAUACCAUUUUACGCAGAAAGGAAGAGCUUAACGAAUCCUGGCAGAGACUGAAACAGUUGGCCACGCUGCGACAAGAGAAGCUCUUCGGGGCACAUGAGAUCCAGAGAUUCAAUCGCGAUGCCGAUGAGACCAUGGCUUGGAUUGCAGAGAAGGAUGUUGUCUUGUCAUCUGAUGAUUUCGGGCGGGAUCUCGCCAGCGUGCAAACGUUACAACGAAAACAUGAAGGUAUCGAACGCGAUUUGGCCGCUUUAGAAGAUAAGGUGUAUACACUGGGUGCGGAAGCCGAUCGUCUUGCCGCGAUUCACGAAGCUGAUCAUUCUAAGCAGAUUCAAGCUAAACGCGCCGAGAUCUUACAAUCAUGGGAGAGCCUUACUGCGAAAGCGAAGGAACGACGCCUUAAACUUGACGAAUCUUAUUAUCUGCAUCGAUUUUUAGCCGAUUAUCGCGAUUUAGUAUCCUGGAUGAAUGACAUGCGGGCUAUUAUUUCCGCGGACGAACUGGCUAAAGAUGUGGCUGGUGCCGAGGCCUUGGUUGACCGACACCAGGAACACAAGGGAGAGAUCGAUGCCAGAGCUGAUAGCUUCGAUGCCACCACAUUAGCCGGUAAUAAGCUCCUGGAGAAGAAACAUUACGCUGCCGAAGAAGUGGCGCGAAAAUUGAACUCCCUCGCCGACGACAAAUCGUCUCUUCUGAGUCUAUGGGAGAAGAGACGUAUUUUGUAUGAGCAAUGUGUAGAUUUGCAAUUGUUUUAUCGAGACACCGAGCAGGCGGACGCUUGGAUGGCCAAACAGGAAGCGUUUCUGGCUAACGAAGAUUUGGGAGAUUCCCUCGAUAGCGUGGAGGCGCUUAUUAAGAAACACGAGGAUUUCGAUAAAUCUUUGGCUGCUCAAGAAGAAAAGAUCAAAGUGCUUGAUGACUUUGCUGGAAAAUUAAUUGAAGGCGAGCAUUAUGCUGCAGACGAUGUAGCACAACGGCGACAACUGUUAUUGGAAAGACGAGCUAUUCUUCUUGAGAAAUCAGCUCAAAGACGCCGUCGUUUGGAAGACGCGUAUAAGCUACAACAGUUCGAGAGGGACUGCGAUGAGACAAAGGGUUGGGUUAACGAGAAACUCAAGUUUGCCACUGAUGACAGUUACUUGGAUCCAACUAAUCUGAAUGGUAAAGUCCAAAAACAUCAAAAUUUCGAGCAGGAACUAAACGCGAAUAGAACACGCAUGGAGGAAAUGGUAGCCACUGGUCAAGAAUUGAUCGAGAGUGGCCAUUACGCUAGUGAUCGCAUACGCACCCGUUCGGACGAGAUUGUAACGUUGUGGGAAAGCUUAACGCGAGCAACUGAAAAGAAAGGUGCGAAAUUGCAGGAAGCCUCUCAGCAACAGCAGUUCAAUCGAACGGUAGAGGACAUCGAAUUGUGGCUGUCGGAAGUAGAGGGACAACUCAUGUCUGAAGAUUAUGGCAAGGAUUUAACCAGCGUUCAGAAUUUGCAGAAGAAACACGCGCUUCUCGAGGCUGAUGUAGGCUCUCACGCGGACAGAAUUGACGGUAUCGCUCAAGCGGCGGAGCAAUUUGUCAAAUCGGGCCAUUUCGACGCUGAUAACAUCAAAGCUAAGCAGGAACAAUUACAAGGUAGAUACGCCGCCUUGCAGCGUCCUAUGAGUGUGAGGAAACAACGACUCCUAGACUCCCUUCAGGUGCAGCAGCUGUUCCGAGACAUCGAGGAUGAAGAAGCAUGGAUUCGCGAGAAAGAACCGGUCGCUGCAUCCACGAAUCGCGGUCGCGAUCUGAUUGGCGUGCAGAAUCUCCAGAAGAAACAUCAAGCUGUUCUGGCGGAAAUUAACAAUCACGAGCCGAGAGUGGCCGCGGUUUGCCAGGCGGGUUCGACGAUGUUGCAAGAGGGACACUUCGCGGCCGAAGAAAUCGGUCAACGACUGUCAGCUUUGGACGAACACUGGGGACAGCUGAAGGAUAAAGCUCGGCAACGCAAGAAUGACUUGGAUGAUUCUUUGCAGGCACAUCAAUAUUUUGCCGAUGCGAACGAAGCUGAGUCGUGGAUGAAAGAGAAACGUCCUAUAGUGAUGAACGGUGAUUACGGCAAAGAUGAAGAUAGUUCUGAGGCUCUUUUGAAAAAGCACGAGGCUUUAGUCAGCGAUCUGGAAGCGUUUGCGAGCACCAUCGCGGCAUUAAGAGAUCAAGCUGCCGCAUGCAGACAACAGGAGACACCCACGGUCGAUAUUACCGGUAAAGAGUGUGUCGUAGCCCUUUACGAUUAUACUGAAAAAUCUCCCAGAGAAGUGUCCAUGAAGAAGGGCGAUACUCUGACUCUACUCAAUUCCAACAACAAGGACUGGUGGAAGGUCGAGGUGAACGAUCGUCAAGGUUUCGUACCAGCAGCAUACGUGAAGCGCGUGGAACCCGAGGUGGGUCUCAGUGCGUCCCAACAAAAUCUAGCUAGAGAGCAGAGUUCGAUCGCUACGCGACAAGCGCAGAUCGAGGCGCAAUACGAUGAUCUUCUGCGUUUAGCGCGCGAACGUCAGAACAAGCUUAACGAGACCGCUAAGGCUUACGUGCUGGUGAGAGAAGCCGCGGAAUUGGCUACUUGGAUUAAAGAUAAGGAAAAUCACGCCCAGGUGCAGGAUGUGGGCGAGGAUCUGGAACAGGUGGAGGUCAUGCAGAAGAAAUUUGACGAUUUUCAAGCUGAUCUUAAGGCGAACGAAGUGCGUCUGGCCGAGAUGAAUGAAAUCGCCGUGCAGUUGAUGAGUCUUGGGCAAACCGAAGCGGCAUUGAAAAUUCAGACGCAGAUUCAGGAUCUGAACGAGAAGUGGACCAGCUUGCAAACGCUCACGGCAGAACGGGCCAAUCAGCUUGGCUCCGCUCACGAGGUGCAACGAUUCCAUCGUGAUGUUGAUGAAACGAAGGACUGGAUUCGCGAGAAAGACGCGGCGCUGAAUAAUGACGAUCUGGGAAAGGAUUUGCGUAGCGUUCAGGCUUUGCAGCGUAAGCACGAAGGUCUAGAACGAGAUCUGGCAGCUUUAGGAGACAAAAUCAAGCAACUCGAUGAAACGGCCAAUCGCCUGAUGCAGUCGCAUCCGGAGACCGCCGAGCAAACGUAUGCCAAACAAAAGGAGAUCAACGAAGAAUGGACUCAAUUGACAGCCAAAGCCAAUAGUAGAAAGGAGAAACUUCUAGACUCGUACGAUCUGCAACGAUUUCUCAGUGAUUAUCGUGAUUUGAUGGCUUGGAUCAAUUCGAUGAUGGGUCUGGUCGCUUCCGAGGAACUUGCGUCGGACGUCACGGGUGCCGAAGCUUUGCUCGAACGUCAUCAGGAACAUCGAAUGGAGAUAGAUGCUAGAGCGGGCACUUUCCAGGCCUUCGAAUUGUUUGGUCAACAAUUAUUGCAAUCUAGCCACUAUGCCAGCGUAGAAAUAUUAGAGAAACUUGAGUCUAUGGCUGAAGCGCGACAAGAGUUAGAAAAAGCUUGGAUUCAACGACGUAUGCAGCUCGAUCAGAAUCUCGAAUUGCAGCUGUUCUGCAGGGAUUGCGAGCAGGCGGAGAAUUGGAUGAGCGCGCGGGAAGCUUUUCUCAGCAGUGCGGACGCUGUGGAUAGCAGUGACAACGUUGAAGCUCUCAUCAAGAAGCAUGAAGAUUUUGAUAAAGCAAUCAAUGCUCAUGAAGAAAAGAUCGCUACUUUACAAACUUUGGCUGAUCAGCUGAUCGCUGCCGAGCAUUACGCCGCUAAACCCAUCGACGAAAGACGAUGUCAAGUGUUGGAUCGCUGGCGGCACUUAAAGGAUGCUCUUAUUGAGAAGCGUUCGAAAUUAGGCGAAUCUCAGACUUUGCAGCAAUUCUCGCGAGAUGCUGAUGAGAUGGAAAAUUGGAUUGCCGAGAAACUUCAACUAGCAACUGAGGAGAAUUACAAAGAUCCUGCCAACAUACAAUCGAAACAUCAGAAACAUCAAGCUUUCGAAGCCGAAUUGGCGGCUAAUGCGGAUCGAAUUCAAUCGGUACUUGCUAUGGGAGGUAAUCUAAUCGAAAAACAUCAAUGUGCCGGUUCGGAAGAUGCGGUUCAAAAGAGACUGGCAUCCAUUGCUGACCAGUGGGAAUAUCUUACACAAAAAACCACAGAAAAAUCCAUGAAACUAAAAGAAGCCAAUAAGCAACGUACUUACAUUGCUGCCGUGAAGGACCUUGAUUUCUGGCUCGGAGAAGUCGAGAGUUUGCUCACAUCCGAAGACGCUGGUAAGGAUUUGGCCUCGGUGCAGAAUCUUAUGAAGAAACAUCAACUUGUCGAGGCGGAUAUACAAGCGCACGAGGAAAGAAUCAAAGACAUGAAUGCACAAGCAGAUUCGUUGAUUGAGAGUGGUCAAUUUGACGCUGCUGGCAUUCAAGAAAAGCGUCAGAGCAUAAAUGAACGUUACGAGCGAAUUAGGAAUCUAGCGGCGCAUAGACAGGCGAGGCUUAAUGAAGCCAAUACUUUGCAUCAAUUCUUCCGCGAUAUCGCUGACGAAGAGUCUUGGAUCAAAGAGAAGAAGCUUCUCGUUGGAUCGGAUGAUUAUGGCCGCGAUCUUACGGGCGUGCAGAAUUUGAAGAAGAAACACAAAAGAUUGGAAGCCGAGCUUGGAAGUCACGAACCUGCUAUCCAAGCUGUCCAGGAAGCGGGAGAGAAAUUGAUGGAUGUUUCCAAUCUGGGAGUACCCGAAAUUGAACAACGUCUGAAGCUUCUUAAUCAAGCGUGGGCUGAAUUGAAACAAUUAGCUGCCACUAGAGGACAGAAACUGGACGAAUCCUUGACAUAUCAGCAGUUCCUCGCUAAAGUCGAAGAGGAGGAAGCCUGGAUUACAGAGAAGCAACAAUUACUCUCCGUUGAGGAUUAUGGUGAUACAAUGGCUGCUGUUCAAGGUCUUUUGAAAAAGCACGAUGCGUUUGAAACCGAUUUUGCGGCUCACGGUGAACGUUGCAAAGAUAUUUGUGAGGCUGGCGAGACCCUGAUCAAAGCUGGCAAUCAUCGAGCGGACGCUAUCAGUCAGAGAUGUGCGCAGCUGCGCAACAAAUUGGAGCAACUCGGAGCUCUCGCGGCUCGUAGGAAGACACGAUUGAAUGACAACUCGGCCUAUUUGCAGUUUAUGUGGAAAGCCGACGUUGUCGAGUCAUGGAUAGCUGACAAAGAGACUCAUGUGCGUUCUGAGGAGUUUGGCCGAGAUUUAUCUACCGUGCAAACUCUGCUCACGAAACAGGAGACUUUUGACGCUGGUCUUCACGCGUUUGAACACGAGGGUAUCCAGAAUAUCACUUCGUUGAAGGAAAUGCUCGUUGAUUCCGGUCAUGAUCAGACACCCAGUAUUCAGAAACGUCAUGCGGAUGUUAUUGCUCGUUGGCAAAAGCUUUUAGCCGAUUCUGACUCAAGAAAACAGCGCUUGUUGAGAAUGCAGGAUCAGUUCAGACAAAUUGAAGAGCUCUAUUUGACGUUCGCGAAGAAGGCGUCCGCUUUCAACUCAUGGUUUGAGAAUGCUGAGGAAGAUCUAACGGAUCCGGUGCGUUGCAACAGUAUCGAAGAAAUCCGCGCUCUUCGUGAAGCACACGCGCAAUUCCAAGCCAGCUUAUCUUCGGCUGAAGCUGACUUCCAAGCCCUGGCUGCUCUUGACAGACAGAUCAAGAGCUUCAAUGUCGGACCGAAUCCAUAUACGUGGUUCACAAUGGAAGCUUUGGAAGAUACUUGGCGUAACUUGCAGAAGAUAAUUAAGGAACGCGAUGUCGAACUUGCGAAAGAAGCACAACGACAGGAAGAGAAUGACAAAUUGCGUAAAGAAUUCGCCAAGCAUGCCAAUGCCUUCCAUCAAUGGCUCGCGGAAACAAGAACAUCUAUGAUGGAGGGAUCCGGAUCUUUAGAACAACAACUGGAAGCUACCAAGCGAAAGACUCAAGAAGUGCGUGCACGUCGUCAAGAUCUGAAAAAAAUCGAAGAUCUGGGAGCUAUUCUAGAAGAACAUCUUAUUUUGGAUAAUCGUUACACAGAACACAGUACUGUAGGACUAGCACAGCAAUGGGAUCAAUUGGAUCAAUUAGGAAUGCGUAUGCAACAUAAUUUGGAACAGCAGAUUCAAGCUCGAAAUCAAUCGGGUGUAUCUGAAGAUGCACUCAAAGAAUUUUCCAUGAUGUUCAAGCACUUCGAUAAGGACAAGAGCGGUCGUUUGAAUCACCAAGAAUUUAAAUCGUGCUUGAGAGCUUUGGGUUAUGAUUUACCUAUGAUGGAAGAAGGACAACCCGAUCCAGAAUUCGAGAACAUAUUAGACAUCGUGGAUCCUAAUAGAGACGGCUAUGUAUCAUUGCAAGAAUACAUGGCGUUUAUGAUCAGCAAAGAAACAGAGAACGUGCAGAGCUCGGAAGAAAUAGAAAACGCUUUCCGAGCCAUCACUGCAGCAGACCGGCCAUAUGUUACAAAGGAGGAAUUAUAUGCUAACCUCACGAAGGAAAUGGCUGAUUAUUGCGUUGCCCGUAUGAAACCUUACGUAGAUCCCAAAUCGGAACGACCGAUAACAGCAGCGUUGGAUUAUAUAGAAUUUACACGCACUCUUUUCCAGAAUUAA